CUUGUCUUCCUCUGCUUAUUAUUAGAACACUGAUGAAACCUCCUUAUGUAAGAAAACUAAAAACCUUUGUUUGUCUCUCUCCACAGUUAGGGAUCCUUCUCUCUACUUCCAAUCUUCCGCCAUGGUGCUCGAGGCGACGAUGAUCUGUAUCGACAAUUCGGAAUGGAUGCGUAACGGUGAUUAUUCCCCUUCUAGGAUUCAAGCUCAGGCCGAUGCUGUUAACCUUAUUUGUGGAGCUAAAACCCAGUCUAACCCAGAGAACACAGUGGGAGUUCUCACAAUGGCUGGGAAAGGGGUUCGUGUUUUGGUGACUCCAACUAGUGAUCUUGGCAAGAUUCUAGCUUGCAUGCAUGGUUUAGAAAUAGGUGGUGAGAUGAAUCUGGCUGCUGGAAUCCAGGUGGCUCAGUUGGCUCUCAAGCAUCGGCAGAACAAGAAGCAGCAACAAAGAAUUAUUGUCUUUGCUGGAAGUCCCAUAAAACAUGAAAAAAAGAUUUUAGAAAUGAUUGGAAGGAAGUUAAAAAAGAAUAGUGUAGCACUAGAUAUUGUUAAUUUUGGUGAAGAAGAUGAUGGAAAGAAUGAGAAGCUAGAGGCACUUCUUGGUUCUGUUAACAACAAUGACACCAGUCAUAUUGUUCAUGUUCCACCUGGUCCAAAUGUUCUGUCUGAUGUGCUUAUUAGUACUCCCAUCUUCACUGGGGAUGGGGAAGGUGCAAGUUUUGCAGCAGCAACUGCUGCAGCUGCAGCUGGAGGUGCUGGUUUUGAUUUUGGAGUGGAUCCCAACCUAGAUCCAGAGCUGGCGCUUGCUCUUAGAGUUUCAAUGGAAGAAGAGAGAGCUAGGCAGGAGGCAGCUGCUAAAAGGGCUGCAGAGGAGGCAACUAAGGAAGAGAAAGAGGGGGAACAACCAUCCAGCUCACAGGAUGCAACUAUGACAGAGCGUGCCACCAUUGCAACUUCUGGAGCUGACACUAAGGCAGCUGAUUUAACGGACGAUGAGAAUGCUCUACUGCAGCAGGCCCUUGCAAUGUCAAUGGAUGACCCUGCAUCUGGCCAUGAUGCGCGAGACACAGAUAUGCCAGAGGCAGCUGCAGAUGACCCAGAAUUGGCCCUAGCUCUUCAAUUGUCGGUGCAGGAAAGUGCAAAGGAUUCCUCUAACCAGGCAGAUAUGGGCAAAUUGCUGGCUGACCAGUCCUUUGUGUCUUCCAUCCUUGCCUCUCUUCCGGGAGUUGAUCCAAACGAUCCUUCAGUUAAAGAUUUGCUGGCUUCCAUGCAAAGCCAAUCAGAGGGUGACCAGAAGAAAAGUGAAGACAAAGAAUCAAAAGAAGAUGAUAAAUGAUUAUUCAGAGUUGUUUUUCCAUGCCAG